GACCGGAACAUUGGUCUGCGGUAAAGCAUAUACUCAAGUACACAUGUUGAUUUACCAGGCAGAUGAAAUGCUUCCGUUGGGUUACAUCGAUUCUGAUUUCCAAGCAGAUCGGGACAAAAGCAAGUCAACCUCAGGGUUUGUGUUUACUUUAGGAGGAGGAGCCAUAGUAUGGAGGAGUGUCAAGCAGAAAUGCGUGGCGGACUCAACCAUGGAGGCUGAGUAUGUAGCAGCCUCAGAGGCAGCGAAAGAAGCU